AUGGCGGAGGAAGCAGCAGAGGAGGCCCCGGUGGACAACGGCGGCGAUUCCGCAGCCAGCGCGCCAGAACGAGGAGUUGCACCCAUUAAAUCUCAGUACCUCGCCACCAAGGAGAAGUUCCACGAGUACCUGGAAGGCAGAGGAGAGGAGAAGGCACCCCGAGAAACCGAGGCGGGAGACCUUGAUGCCCAUGACCCUGUGGAGCCCGAGGCCAAGCGGGCCCGGCUGGAUGACGGGCAGGUGGAGGACGGACAGACGGCAGCUCCGCAGAAGCAGGAGGCAGGGGAGCUGAGGGAGCAGCCGCAGGCUCACAAGAGGGCCCGAGGCCAGAACAAGGGCCGGCCCCACCUGAAGCCCACCCACUAUGAUGGGAACAGGCUUUGUCCCUCCCUGGUCCAGGGCUCGGCCGCCAAGUGUUUCUUUGGUGACCGCUGCCGCUUCCUGCAUGAUGUGGGCCACUACCUGGAGACCAAGCCAGCCGACCUGGGCCCCCACUGCGUGCUGUACGAGACCUUUGGCAGGUGUCCCUAUGGGGUGACCUGCCGCUUCGCUGGGGCACACCUGGGUCCCGAAGGCCAGAAUCUGGUUCAAGAGGAGCUGGUGGCCCAAACUGCCCGCUCCCCGUCCAUCCGAAACAGCCUGGACAAGGCCCUGCAGCAGCAGCUGCGGAAGCGCAAAGUCCGUUUUGAGCAGGCCGAGCGUGUCCUCCGCCAGCUCAGCCAGGGACAGCCGCGGGGCCCUGCCACGGCCACUCCUGCUGACACCCCUGAGGUCACCCAGACAGGGGGUGUUCCUGAGCCGGAUGCUGGAGACAGCCAGCCAGCUGUGCCAGGGCCAGAUGACACUGCCCUUCCCGGCAGCCCUGUGCAGACCUGCGGGCCGCUGACGGACGAGGACAUCAUCAAGCUCCGGCCCUGUGAGAAGAAGCGGCUGGACAUCAGUGGCAAACUGUACCUGGCACCCCUCACCACGUGUGGGAACCUGCCCUUCCGGAGGAUCUGUAAGCGCUUCGGGGCAGAUGUAACCUGUGGGGAGAUGGCCAUGUGCACCAGCCUGCUUCAGGGCCAGACAUCCGAGUGGGCUCUACUCAAACGCCACCACAGUGAGGACCUCUUUGGCGUGCAGCUGGAGGGCGCCUUCCCCGAUACCAUGACCCGCUGUGCAGAGCUGCUCAACCGCACCAUUGACGUGGACUUCGUGGACAUCAACGUGGGCUGCCCCAUUGACCUCGUGUACAAGAAGGGUGGAGGCUGCGCACUCAUGAGCCGGUCCACCAAGUUUCGGCAGAUUGUGCUGGGCAUGAACCAGGUGCUGGACGUACCGCUGACCGUGAAGAUCCGCACAGGUGUCCAGGAGCGCGCCAACCUGGCCCACCGGCUGCUGCCGGAGCUGCGGGACUGGGGCGCAGCACUAGUCACGCUCCACGGCCGCUCCCGAGAGCAACGAUACACCAAGCUGGCUGACUGGCAGUACAUUGAACAGUGUGUGAAGGCCGCCAGCCCCAUGCCUCUGUUCGGAAACGGAGACAUCUUGUCAUACGAGGAUGCCAACCGGGCCAUGCAGACUGGUGUUGCUGGGGUCAUGAUUGCCCGUGGUGCCCUGCUCAAGCCUUGGCUGUUCACGGAGAUCAAGGAGCAGCGGCACUGGGACAUCUCAUCGUCCGAGCGCUUGGACAUCCUGAAGGACUUCACCCACUAUGGCCUGGAGCACUGGGGCUCCGACACGCAGGGUGUGGAGAAGACCCGCCGCUUCCUGCUCGAGUGGCUGUCAUUCCUGUGCAGAUACAUCCCUGUGGGCCUGCUGGAGCGGCUUCCCCAGAAGAUCAACGAGCGGCCCCCCUAUUACCUGGGCCGAGACUACCUGGAGACGCUUAUGGCCAGCCAGAAUUCGGGUGACUGGGUUCGCAUCAGUGAGAUGCUGCUGGGCCCCGUGCCGCCCACAUUCGUCUUCCUGCCCAAGCACAAAGCCAACUCGUACAAGUAG